GUCAGUGCGCGAGUUCCAAACUUUGUUUACGAAUGUGAUAAAUGUGCAAAAAUGUCUGGAUUUCAUAAAAUUGCAGAUUCUCAUUUAACUAUAAAUGGAACUAAAGUAAAAAAUAAUUUACCCUUAGUUUCCUCAGGCAUUCCAUCCUUAGAUUACGUAGUAGGCGGAGGUAUACCUGCAGGUGGAAUAUUUGCAGUGGAGGAAGAUGUUUUGGGAAGCUACAGCCGAGUUCUGACAAAGUAUUUCCUUGCUGAAGGAGUUGUGUGCAAACAUGACUUGUUGGUUGUUUCAGCUGAUGAGAAUCCAAAGGGAAUUGUCAAGGAGUUACCUCAGCCUUGUGUGGUCCCAAAAGAAGACUGCGUGAGUGUUCCAAAAGAUGAAAUGAAGAUUGCAUGGAGAUAUGAAAGUUUAGCAAAGGUGGAGUCCUCAUUUGAUAAUGAAAUAAAUUUUGGACAUCAUUUUGAUUUGAGCAGAUACAUUGAUUCUGAUACGAUAAAGAACACCAAUAUAACAUAUUGUUAUUUAAAACCAGAUGAAAAAUAUCAGGCUCAUGGUUUUAAGAAUGGCCUUUAUAAGCAGCUUCUUGUUCAAAUUAAGAAAGUAUUGAGUAAAGAACAGUAUAGUCGUAGCAGUAAAGAAAAAAACAUCUUACGAAUCUCUAUACAAUCACUGGGUUCACCAACCUGGAUGGCGAUGGACUGUAAUGAAGAGCCUUUAGAUAAUAAUUAUGGCCAAGACUUAAUUAAAUUCAUGUACUGUUUGAAAAUGAUGCUGCAAGACACUAAUGCUGUAGUGUUUGUUACAAUUCCUGCCCAUUUAUUUGAUGAUGAUCACAUAAUGAAUAGACUGCUAUAUUCAAUAGACAAUGCAGUCAGGAUAGAGUCAUUUGCUGGCUCCGACAAAGAGACAAACCCUGUCUAUAAUGAAUACCAUGGCCUGUUCCAUCUGAUAAAGUUAUCAGCUCUAUAUUCACUUGUGCCUUUCGUACCUUCUAGCUUAGACCUGGCUUUUAAACUCAAGAGAAAGAAGUUUGUUAUUGAAAAGUUACAUUUACCACCAGAACUUCAAGAGUCCAGUGAGCGAGAACAAGACGAUAUUACAGCUACCCCACGAACAUGCGGUGGAUUUAAAAAGAAAGAUAUAGAUUUUUAAUGUAACUUAAGAGCGUAAUCCAAGAUGUAAAUAAAUGAUCUGCAUU